AUGGCCUCCCGGCUCCUCCACCGGCUGCGGCACGUCCUGGCUGGCGACAGCCCUGGAGAGGCGGCGGUUGGGCCUGAGGCCGAGCAGUUCCCCGAGAGCUCGGAGCUGGAGGACGACGACGCCGAGGGCCUGUCCUCCCGCCUCAGCGGCACCCUCAGCUUCACCAGCGCCGAGGACGAGGACGACGGGGACGACGAGGAGGCUGGCCCCGACCCGCUGCUCCCCGGGGACGGGGCGUCCGGAGAAGACGCAGAACCGAUGCCCCCGCCUGAUGGGCCGCGGGGCAGUCAGGUCCUGGCCCGGCAGCUGCAGGAUUUCUGGAAGAAGUCCCGGAACACCCUGGUACCCCAGCGGCUGCUUUUCGAGGUGACCAGCGCCAAUGUCGUCAAGGACCCACCCUCCAAGUACGUGCUCUACACCCUCGCCGUGAUAGGCCCAGGGCCUCCAGACCGCCAGCCGGCCCAGAUCUCCCGCCGCUACUCAGACUUUGAGCAGCUGCACCGGAGCCUGCAGCGCCAGUUCCGGGGCCCCAUGGCUGCCAUCUCCUUCCCUCGGAAGCGCCUGCGCCGGAACUUCACCGCAGAGACCAUUGCCCGUCGCAGCCGGGCUUUCGAGCAAUUUCUGGGCCACCUGCAGGCCGUGCCCGAGCUGCGCCAUGCCCCGGACCUGCAGGACUUCUUCGUGCUGCCCGAGCUGCGGCGGGCACAGAGCCUCACUUGCACUGGCCUCUAUCGUGAGGCCCUGGCAUUGUGGGCCAAUGCGUGGCAGCUACAGACCCAGCUGGGCACGCUCUCGGGCCCAGACCGCCCCCUGCUGACCCUGGCUGGGCUGGCUGUGUGUCACCAGGAGCUAGAGGACCCCGGGGAGGCCAGGGCCUGCUGCGAGAGGGCCUUACAGCUGCUGGGGGUCAAGAGCCCUCACCCUUUGCUGGCACCCUUCCUGGAGGCCCAUGUCCGGCUCUCCUGGCGCCUGGGCUUGGACAAACGUCAGUCAGAGGCCCGGCUUCAGGCCCUACAGGAGGCAGGCCUUACCCCGACACCACCCCCUAGCCUCAAAGAGCUGCUCAUCAAGGAGGUGCUGGACUGA